AUGUCUAAGGCCUCGCAGCCCGAGUUGAAAAAGUUUAUGGACAAGAAGUUAUUUGUUCAUCUUCAGGGAGGCCGCAAAGUUAGCGGGACGUUGCGAGGUUACGACCUAUUUCUCAAUCUCGUCCUUGAUGACGCAACAGAGGAGACAACGCCUGCGCAGAAACACCCAAUCGGUACCGUUAUCCGUCGUCAAAUUCGCGAACGUCGACAAUAUAUCUAUGCGAAGUCUCUUGAGGCUCAAGAGCGCCAGACAUACGAGCGCAAGCAGAAGCUCAAGGACGCGCUGGCCGACGGGAGGUCUCUGCCGACUGAGUUGAGAAAGGAUGCAGAAACUUUGGGGAAAAGUCUUGCAUUCGAUGGGGCGCAGGCAGAUCCUACAACACACAUUGACAAUGAAUACUCAAAUGCGGGCAUCCAGGAUCCCAAAAUCAUAGUAACCACUUCACGCGACCCAAGUUCGAAGUUGCAACAAUUCGCCAAGGCGGGAGAUGCGUCUCCAGAGGCAUGCAGGGCAAACGACGUGACGGACCUGGUCAUCUUGCACGAACAUCGCGGUACACCCGAUGCCAUGAUUGUAUCUCACUUCCCACAUGGUCCCACCGUUUUCUUCACCCUCCACAAUGUCAAUCUUCGACACGACAUCAAUUCGUACAAAGAGUCGACUGUAUCCGAGCAGUAUCCCCACCUUAUAUUCGAGAAUUUUGGCUCAACGCUGGGAGAGCGUAUUCGUGACGUGCUUAGAUAUCUCUUCCCCGUACCAAAGGAGGACAGCAAACGCGUGAUGACUUUCUCAAAUGAGGAUGAUUUCAUUUCCUUCCGACAUCAUGUUUUCAUGAAAAUUCCACCGCGCCAGGUCCAGCUGGCUGAAGUUGGCCCUCGCUUCGAGAUGAAACCAUAUGAGAUUCGACAGGGGACGAUCGAGCAGACAGAAGCCGAGCGUGAAUGGGUACUUGCACAUUAUUCAAGAACAGCCAAGAAACGGUCGCUCUUGACUGGUCCAAGUUCGCGCCCAGUCUCGACUGUACAAGAAGACGACGGAUCGAAGCCUCGAAAACGAACGAGACGAUGA